UAAAAAUCGACUUGGCACUUCCCAUUUGUUUGACAUGACAUUUAAUGAAAUGACAAGUUGUCAGUUUGUUAGGUUGGUAAGAGGUGAAAAUGGAGAAAAGUGGCAGAAAUGAAAAAGGCGUCUGCAAAAACUGAAGCUGUCAGUUAUGAGAUAAAUAAAUAAAUAUAAAGUGAAUAUAAGUUCAAAACGAGUGUACUACCUUGCCUAUUUUAUGUCAAAACAAUUUUACGGAUUUUUUUCAAUUAAAAUGAGUGCGUAUAGUGUCCUUGCUGUGAUUUUCUAAGUUUAUGACCUCUUUAUAGCUAAAGUAUGGCUGAUUUAAGCGAAUCGAAAGUGUUCCUCAACGAUCCGGCUUUUAUUACUCCAAUACCAAUGGAGGAGUCGCUCUCUGAAAAUCUAUUAACAGAUCCCCUCAGCACAGAAACUGAGCCUGAGACUCUAACUCCCGCUCAGGAGAUGAUGAUAGAUCAACUACUUUCGGAAUCAAAUGAUAACCUUGAGGGUGAAAAUGAAAAUCAAAAAGAAAUUUCUAAUAUUGUAAAUGAAAAUUCUAAAGAAGAAUACACACCUCCUACAGAAGAACAUCAUGUAGAAAGUCCUACAACAAGGGAGAGUUUCACUUUUAAAUGUAUAUUUUGUGAUAGAGUAUUGAGUGCUGCGGAUAAUCCAAAAUUAUUGGAAUGUCUUCAUAAUUCCUGUUCUAGUUGUAUAGAUAGCAGACUUUAUGAGCAUUCUAAUGAUGGAAUACCAGCUAUCAUAGAAUGUCCCCCAUGUGGCAUGAUAUGUAAUCCUACUAAUAUAAUAGAAAAUCAGUUUUUGCUAGAAUUAGCAAGUAACAGUGAUGAUCCUAACAAGAAUGCAGAUAUGAAAUGUAGCAAUUGUGGUGAUGAUGCUAUGGCUACAAGUUAUUGCACUGACUGUUCAGAAUUUAUUUGUGAUAAUUGUGUGCAGGCACAUCAAAGGUUAAAAAUAACGAAAGAUCACACAAUAAAACCGAAAGAAGAUGGUUUGAUGGAGCUAAACUCAGUCUCAAAUGGAGCUCCAUCCAACCUCUUCUGUUUGAACCAUCCUCAUGAAAAAUUGUCAUUAUUUUGCGAAACUUGUGAUAAGUUGACAUGCAGAGACUGUCAGUUGUUGGAGCACAGGGAACACAAGUACAAAUUUACUACCGAAAUUGCAUCUGAAGCCAAGAAAUUCAUCGCUGAAAUGCUCAAGGAUGUUGGGUACAAACGAGCAUUGCUGUCGAGUGCAAUGAAAGUAAUAGAUGACAGACAAAAUUUGAUAACUGAUAAAAAAGGAGCACUUGUUAAUGAAAUUACACAAUUAGUUGUUAAAUUAACGAAUACAAUUAAUGUUCGUGGCAAACAACUUAUAGCAAAACUAUCAGAAGUUUGCGAGUCAAAGCAAAAGACAUUGCAGGAGAAAAAGGUGGCUUUAGAACAAUUAUCAAAAAUGACGGACCAUUGUAUACAAUUCACUCAACACGCUUUGGACAACGGUAGCGAUAUGGCACUGUUGUUCAGCAAAAAGCAGGUGACUGAACACUUGAAAAGGAUAAAAUGUAAAAGAGCUGAUAUUCCAAAUCCAGAAAUACCAGUUAGGAUACAUCUAGCUUUAGAUAAAGUACCAGAUCUUAUUAAAGUAAUGUCAACGAUUGGUCAAAUCGUGGUGGACGGGCGAGUGUAUCCAUCCCAAUCCUCAUCACCAGCUGCCUCCAUACCGCCACAGGCUUCGACAAGCCCUGGUCAGGUACGUCCUCCUCAACAACCAUCUCCAAUAAGUCCUUUGCAUCAACUACCGUCUCCGUCUGGUUCUGGGUUCCAACAGCCCACAAGAAUGCCUGGGCCUCCUCCAUACUCGCAAUAUCAAAACACUUCGCCUUACUCGUCGGGCAUGAAUGUGCAAAGCAUGGGCCAGAAUUUAGGACAAAAUAUGGGCCAGAACAUGGGGCAGAAUUUAGGACAAAAUAUGGGGCAGAAUUUAGGACAGAAUAUGGGGCAGAACAUGGGACAGAAUAUGGGACAAGGUAUGGGUCAGAACAUGGCACAGAGUAUGGCACAGGGUAUAGCUCAAAACAUGCAAGCUAUGGGUGAGUACCCUCAGAAUCGAAUCCAGGCGAUGGGCCCCCCUGGCAUGAAUAACAUUCCUCAACCAAUGGCCAAUUCCUUACAACAAUUAAAUAUGAACAGAAUGCAUAGGCCGCAGGCACUACAAAGAGCCCUUAUGCCUAGGCUUCCGAUGGGUCUGAACCAACAGCAACAGCAGGACACCAAAUCGUUUCAGGUGUCGUCGUCGACGCAUCCUCAAGGUAUUAUGGCAGAUCGCAGCAAUUUGCGGCAUCUUUUGCAGCCCAAUAACACCAACAACGCCAAUAAUGGAUUCAAUCACGUGUAUAUCCAGACGGCACCCGGCCAAUACCAAGCUAUUCAGUCCCAUUUAGCACAACAGUUUCAAACUAGGUUUCCAGGUCAACAGCAACAACAAAUAAGGUUCCAGCAGUCUAAUCCAGUAAGAAUGCUAAUGGCGAACCAACAGAGGAUGCCAGUGCAGCAACAGCAGCAGCAGCAACAACAGCAGCAACAACAACAGCAAUCUCAGCAGCAUCAGCAACAGCAGCAGCAGCAACAACAACAGCAGCAGCAAUCUCAGCAGCAUCAGCAACAACGUAUGCCUCAGUAUCCAGGAGGAGGUGGAGGAGCGAAGUGGCAUACACCACAGCAGAGCUCGACAGGAUCAAACAGCGCAAAUUUGAAUCGCAACAUGACUCUCCCUACAAUAAACGAUAAUUUUAAAAUAACUUUGAGGCAACAAACUCCGAAUGAUCCGAAUAAGAAUCUCCCUGGCACAGUUACUUCCACCAUCCCCAAAACUCCCAGUCCGAAUCAUGUACAAGGAAAAUCGGAUACAGAAAGGAGCCUCGACAAAUUUUGUGAAGAUUCCGUCAAAGAUCUGAUGGCGACCAUUGCCAAAUUGGAUUCCAACGGUGUGCAAGUUUUGGCAGAGGGCAGACAAAAGGGUGGAUCGCCACACGUGGACAGUUCGACAGGUGAUACUAGUGUGGGACCGAAAAUCAAAUCGGAAUUAUCGGAAACUAGUAAGGAUGAUCCUAAUGAAGAUUGGUGUGCGGUUUGUAUGGAUGGAGGGGAGCUGGUGUGUUGCGAUAAAUGUCCCAAGGUUUUCCAUCAGUAUUGCCAUAUUCCCAAUUUAAGUGUUGAGGAAAAUGAUACUUGGCAAUGUCUGUUGUGCAUGAAUUUCUCUGAUAUACCUGAAAGCAUUUUAUCUGAGAAGAAAGAAGGAGAACUGAGUCUGAAAGAAAGGAAGAUUUCGGAAAGGCUGGUGUUGGAAUUGUACUGCCAGUAUGAUCCCAGCUUACCUUUUAGAGAAGUCAUAGGACCAGAGAAUGAAGAUUACCACGCGAUAAUCAAAAGACCAAUUGCUUUGGACACGAUAAGACAAAAAUUAAACUGGUCCGCGGAUAUUCAUUACAGAAAUAUGGAAGAGCUAGUAAGAGAUGUGAGAUUGAUGUUCAAAAAUGCCUAUUUAUAUAAUCCAGUGGAUUCUCAAGUUUAUAUGGAUGCAAAAACAUUGGAAAAAUUCUUCGAUGAGCAACUAGAAAAAUUUUUGCCGGAAUACGCUUAUGAGAUGUUCGACGAUGACGAUGUUCAACCUCCGAACAAGAAGUUUCGGAGGAUAAUAACAGACUGACAAAUUGUUCAUGGGGCGAACAAUACUGUGUAUUUCUCCCUAUAACAUAAAAUUGAUAACCCAAUUUUCCAUCGUUUCAAAUACACAAAAUCUACCCAGUUUGGUGUAUUAUUUUGUGUUGGUUAAAUUUUGUGUAUCCGACACGGUAUUGUAUACAAGCAGUUUAUAAGGAUUACCAGAUACGAGUUUGUUUUUUAUAAAAAAAAAAUCUUAGUUUUAUUUAUUGCAUUAUUUUAUUAGUAUGUUGUUAUGUCAUGUUUUAAUGAUGUUAUUUAAUGUUAGUUCCAAUUUUUAGGGUAACAAAAUAUAUAUCUCAUAUACAUUAUUCUUAUCAUUGAUAUUUAUGUGCAAAAGUUGACGACUACAAUAGUGCAUAUCUUCAUAAAUAUAAUAUUUCAAAAAAGAGAUGGUGUUUUAUAAAAAUUAUGAUAUAAAAAAGGGUAUUCACUAAAUUAUUCAAAUGGUAGCUUUGAUCUUUUGACAACAAUUAGACGCUGUUAUGCAUAAAGCAUCCAUUCCACAUUAUAUUUAUUCCGAGAUAUUAAUGUUUUCUCAAAAUGUAUAUAGAAAACAAAAAUAUAACAAUUAUUGGAUAUGAAUUUUCUCUUAAUAAAUUAUUUUUUUUUUAAAUGAAGAGGAGCAUGUUAAAAUUUGAUUGUGAUUUAAAGAUAAUUAAGAUUUUUGACCAUUUUCGUAUAACAAUAAUAAACCAGAUAAUUUUGUUUUUAUUUCAAAAAAAAAACAUAUUUAGCAUUAAUCAUUUUCUUUAGUGUUUAAAGUCUGAUGGAAUUUGUAAAAUUUGUUUUGAAUGUUAGAAUUCAAUAAUAAAUAUGCAUGAUUAAAGUCUCCUGAAUUUGCAAAAUGUAUUUUAAUAUUAAAGUUUAAUAGAAAAUAUGAAAGUACUAGUCAACCCUCUUGGAUGUAUUAAGUGUAAUUAAACAAUAGCCAUUUAAAAAAAAUGUGGAUUAAUAUAAAAUCAAUCUUGGAUCGGUUUUGCGGAUUUUAUUAUAUUUUAAAGGAUUGAGUAAGUAAGCAGCAAAUCUCAUGGUAAAAUGGUAAUAAAACUAAUUUUGGAUAAUUUGGAUCAGAUAUCUGAUAUUUUAGGUAUUUGUGGAUUGGGUCGUUUAUUCAUAAUGGCGUCCAAUUAAGAUUUACGAAAUAAAAACCUUACAAGUAUCUCUUAUUAAAGUUGAUAUUUACUCUAAUUCACUAUAAAAUACACAUUAGCAAAUUUAAAGGAACAACUAAAUCUCUUAAAAUGAACUAAUAGCAGUUUUUUUUAUAUUUAUAAUGCGAUUCUGGAGCAUUAAGGAAAAAUAUUGGACAAAAAUAUGGCGUUUUUAACAAAAUAAUUAUUGUUUAAACCAUUUAAUGAAUCGAAAAACCCAUAAUAACUUGUGUAUCUGUUAUAAGCCCUCAUACAUCUUCCUGUACUUCUGAUAAUGUUGAUUAUUUAUUGAUCGAAAGAUCUGAUGUCUCAAACGAAUAGGGUGAUACAGACCAUAUAAAGCACUCGCCAAUUAUUACUCUAAUGCACUAAAUCUUUCCAAUGGUGAAAAUAAAGUUCACCCACGUGACAAGCAUUGGUGAAACAAGUAAGGUCUAUACAAAUCAACGAUUGGUUAUGUUUAAGAACAAUCCUAGUUGGAUAAAAUACAAGAAUGCUUCAUACAGUGUGUCUGUAAAGUAUGAAAUAAAUUAAUUUUGAACAAAGUGAUGUAUACAUGACAAAUUUGUAAUUUUUUCGGUGUUUCGAUACUUUUAAAUUACUAUUCGAUGAAUGAGUACGGUAAUAUAUCAUACGACACUGCCGCGUUUGAACAAAGAUGUCUCAAAUCCUGUAUAACAAUCACCACUGUCAACCUUUAAAUCAUCUGCAAACAGCAGAUAAUUACUUUAUUUUAAAACAUAUCCGUCAUCAUUAGUAAAUAAAUUAAAGAGUAAAGGAGCUAAGUGGGCUUCUUGUGGUACACCAUAUGAAACUUCUAUGGGGUCUGACAAAUAAUUUGUAUAUCUUCACACGCAUAAGAUAACUUUUAAGCCACUCUAGAAGAAAAGGAGGCUUACAGUUUGAGUAAUAGUAAUUUGUGAUUGACGAGAUCAAAUGGAUUGGAAAAGUCUGAGUAUAUAUAGCAUCUAAUUUAUUAUGUAAUUGUGAUAAAUAACCAGAUUAGUUUUAGAAGAUUUUUCUUUUGUAAAACCUUGUUGCUGGUCAAUUAGUAAGUUUUUGCAGCGCCAAGAUAAACAAUUAUUUACCAGCCUCUCCAGUAACUUUGGAAUUGAAGACUGAAUCGAAAUUGGUCUGUAGUUCUUAAUUUCCUGCUCGGAUCCGAUUUUGAAUACAGGUAUAACAUAACUCUCUUUCCAUAAGUUAGAAAAAAAGUUAUAUCACACAUAGGGUUUGUAUACAGUGGACCCGUUAAACACUAAAUAUUACAGCCAUAUGCUUUCAUAAAGACAUAAUUGUGGAAAAAACGCUCGAAGCCGACGAAUUUUAUUUUCAUUUGUGCAUUUUUUCAAAUCAAAUGAAUACAUACAGGAUGAUUCGUGUUGAAGAUAGGAGGAAUGACUCCUUCCAUAUAUUUUUAAUGGCUGCCUCAUUUUUCAUUAUGUAAACCCUAUGUGUGAUAUAUUUUUGAAUUCAGCUUUUCAUGACGAUUCCAAAAAUAGAUUAAUAUAUAGGGUGUCCCAUUUAAAAAAAAUAUCGCUGAUGUCAUUACUCACAUGUUCAUCACCCUGUAUAUAUAAGUAUUUGUUGUUACAAAUUUUAAUUAAAAAUAUACCUGUUUAGGGAUUUUCCUUAAAAAUUGAUAUUUUGGCUAAAAAUUAAUUUAUUCCAUACUUCACGCACACACUGCAUAAUUGGCGUUGCAUAGUCAAAAUUGCUCUCUUUCUCAUCUAGUAUAUCACAGUAAAUGACGAGUGCUACAUCUGUCUCUUUUCAAAAUGCCUCCCAUACAAUAAACCAAUAUUAAAAGAAGGAACUGUAUUACAACAUAAUGGGAACAUUUGGGAUUGUUUUCCUUUAUUUGCAACAUGCAAAUUACAAUAGAGGAUUGGACUGUUAUUUUAUUUCAUUGACAAAGUAAUGGCAGUAUAUGUCAGCUGUCAAAUCGUCAUUGACAACUCGUCCUCAUUGUUAAACAGCUAAAUAAUUAAAAUUAUUUAAUUACCCUCUGAACUUUUUUAAAUAUAACAAAAUCAACAACCUAACGCUAAAAUCUAAAUUUUACACAUUGUAGAUCGAAAUUAUUGUGUAUAGAGCGUUUUAAUCUUAUUAUGCUAGUUUAAUGAAUAGAAUUUAAAUGAACUCGACCACUGUAAAUCUACGAAAUUUAUAAUUUAUUUUUAGUUGUACAUUUGAACAAAUUUAGAGCAAAUAAGUAUAUUCGUUAAAUUAUAUGAGAAUGUUCCUUCGGUUAUCGGAAUAUAGACAUAGGAAAAUAUUCCAGACGUCAUAGAUGUAAAUAAUGUAACCGUAUACUAAACUAAGGGAUGUUCCUCUUAAAUAAAUGGUUUAAUUAUUUUAUUAGAUGUUAUAUCGAGACUAAUAUGUUAAACAAUGACGACAGAAAUUAUACAGGGUGUUUAAAGUUGUGUUUAAGUCGUCCAGGAAAAUUUCACAUGUACAUUUUUAAAUUAUGACAUAUUCUUUAUUUAAUUUUUAAGUUUAAACAAAUGUAAAACAUUAAAACCGACAUAAAAUUGGAUAAUUCUGUAAAUAAAAAUGUAUUAUUAUUUAUUAUAAAUUACAAAUUAAAACAAAAUCUUAUUGAAGUAGAAAUAGAACAUUUAUUUAUGAAAUAUUGUAUUGCUCAAGUGACAUCCUUUAUAGGCACUUCCAUCAGGACAGCUGUUUCAAGUUUAAUCAAUUGUUCUUUGAUUUUGUAGACUAACUACCCCAUAGAACAAAUAUGAAAGGGUAAUGUCUGGGAAUCUUGAUUCCAGUCGCCAUUGCUAGAAAGAUGAUGAUUCUUGUCAUAGAAAUUCUAGCUAUAUGGCUGAUUCAACCAUAUUACUGGAACCAAUAUUCAUAUCUUCUCAAUUUGAAGCAAGAAAUGUUUGAAGCAUUUUUGAUGUUACAGUCUUGGAACAGGUGAAAUUUUCAUUUUGAAAGUAUCUGUAACGUGUGGAGGGUGGGUUAAUCCAUGGCACUUAGGCUUCACUCGGCCCAUUGAGCUUCCUCCUAAGUGUAGAUAGGCACUGUAAGGAACAUACUCAUCCAUACAGAUAGCAGACAAGUACUACUCAUCAUGGACAGACCACGAAUUUACUCAGGGUUAGUACUAGGAUGUCCCGAAGCUUUGGCCGAAGUAUCUAUCAACAAUGUGGUCACCUUAAGAUGGAUCAAAGGUCACGCCACAUCGAAAGGUAAACGUCUUGCUGAUUCACUAGCCAAGAAAGCAGCCAGCCAAAUACUUUUUGGACCUGGCCCUUCUAUUGGCCUGACAAAAUCGGUAGUGACAGACCUAAUUAAAGAACAUUCUCUUGUGAAAUUCAAGGAAAGAUGGGAUGAAACAAGAAACUGCAGAGUUGCCAGGGAGCUCUCAAGUUAUCCUGACAACACUGCAGCAAACAAAUACCUGACUAUGACUAGACAGAAUCUGCGCCUAGUCGUGGGCAUUCUGACUGAUCAUUGCCAAGUACGGAAACAUCUCCAUAUCAUGGGGCUGUCAGAAUCCGCACUCUGCAGAGGGUGCGAACAAGAAGAUGAUACCAUUGAGCAUAUCCUUUACGAUUGCUCGACGUUCUCAUAUAUUAGAAAUUUGUGUUCGGCGAGUAUCGGCUAACACCGGCCGAUAUAAGAAAAGUACCUCUUGGCGACGUUGUCAACUACAUUAAAUCUGUAGGCUGGCUCACAAUGGGCCUAAUGAGGCCUAAGUGCCGUGGGGUAACCCACCCUUCAAACGUUACAGAUACAUAGAAGUAGAUAGGCAUCUCUUAGCUCAUGGGCCAGCCUACAGAUUUAAUGUAGUUGACAACGUCGCCAAGAGGUGCUUCUCUUAUAUCUGCCGGUGUUAGCCAAUUCUCGCCGAACACAAAUCUUCUAAUAAAUGAGAGCGUCGGGCAAUCGUAGAGGAUAUGCUCGAUGGUCUCAUUUUCUUCCCACGGUUACCUUUCGAUGUGUUGUGACCUAUCUAUCUUAAGUUGACCACAUUCAGCCAAAGCUUUGUGACAUUCUAGUACUAACCCUGAAUAAAUUUGUGGUCUGUCCAGGGUGAGUAGUGCUUGUCUGCUAUCUUUAUAGAUGAGCAUGUUUCUUCCAGUGAUAUUAUUUCUCGUGCUUUCUUUUGCUGCUAUGAGAAUUUCGUGAGCUCGGUAUUUUUUUUUUUCAAAUUGUUUUAUAAAAGAAACGUUUUUAUAGCUCUAUUUUUGAAACAUUGGGAGUUAAUGAAAAAGUGGUUGUGUUAAUGAUUUACCAUUUCAUAGUACCCAGUAUACAUUACUCAAAAAAUAUUAAUGUACAUGUGCAAGUUUUUCAGCAGACUAGCAACAUUAAUUUUAAUAUGAAACCAUAUGUGAAAUUGAUAUAUCAUCAAAUACCUAAUUUUAUUAUAAAAACGGAAAAAACAGGUCAGUUUUAAAAAAAUUACUCACUAAAUUAAAAAAUUUAUGAGAUCCCAAUGAUUGUACAUAAAGCCGUGGCGAACUUUUAGAUUUAGUGAUAAUUCGAAAUACCUAUGAUAAAUUUAUUUUAUUUCACAAAUAUAAAAAUGACGGUCCUAUCCCUGUGGCUCAUUGCCACUGCUUGUACCCUAAAUAGAAGAACAGUAAGUUUACUUUAAUAAAAUGUAAAUAGGGAUUCGCUAUAGGUAGUUUUUAUAGAGUAAAUACAAAAUUAAUAAUUUUGAAUUCAACUCUAAGCCACGCACAUAUUCAUAUAUAAUUACAUCAUUAUACGUAAAUAGUAUUUUACAAUAUAUUUAUAUAUUUUGUUAAUUGAAAUUCAUCCAUUAAAACGAUUUGGUG